GAGGGGGGGGGGGUAUCACCCUGCUAUUUUUUGCCUACCCCAGUACAGUACAGUACAGUACAGUACAGUACAGAAUCAGCUCCAAAGGCUACCAUUGGUAUGAUUAGAUAUCGAAAAAAGAUAAGAUGAUUUAUGGAGUGCUGGAGAUGAAAAACUCUGUUGAUAAAGUUUGGACUGGGGAUAAAAAAUAGUAAUACUCAUUAUACUGAUGUCAUUUCCAAGUUACACCAUAAUUGGAUUCCCUGUACAUUUAAUCUUAAGAACUGUGUAUAUUUUGAAGACCACUUUUUUAUUUGUUACGAAAUUUGCAAUCUGAAUUUCCACUGUGAGGAAAAAUGCAUUUGUGAACAGGGAUAUUUACAUCUGACUUCAAUGAAUCUGAGGCCAUAAUUUGGGUAGUUAAAGACAAUACUGUGCAUGGUCCCUUUAAAUGUAAGCCAAUCUUAGUAUGCUUUUUAUCAAAAUAAAAAUGAGGGAUGUGGAGAAGAUGCACCUACCACCCAUAUCUUCAAACUUUUGUUCAAAGUUGAAAAAAAAAGAAAGAAAUGGGUAUUAUUUAUGGUAGUUAAAGCCAUCUUCAUCAGUUCCAAACAAUUGUUUAUGAGCAGCAUGAGUAUUGUGUUGUCAAUGAUGACAAUAUUGUCAUAUUGCCUGAAUCACCAAACAAACAUCAAAGAGUCAAUGUUCAUCUAGAUAGUUGACAAAAAGCCAAAUGUUGUUUUAUAUUAUGGUAGUUUGGUUCCUUCGGACUUGAUAGUUUGAGAAGUUUUUAGCUUUCUGAUUAGUACACUAAAUAAUCUUGUGUUUCAUAAAAUGAUAAUGUGUUUGCAAAUAAUAUGCCAAUCUACCUACAAGUUGAAGACAAAGAAAAACUGCCAUUUUAAUGAUUGUCUGCAGUUAUCUUAUCAGGUUCACUUCCCAAGAGACCAAGCAGCCUCUUCCUCCUUUUCUGCUCAUCUAGUAGUGUGUCUGUUCCUAGUCCCUCAUGUUUUCUGUGCUGUGUAAUCGUGUCUGGUAUGCCGUCUACUUUACCCUGCUGCACCCCAUGCUGAAGUGGUUGCUGCGGAAGGUCACAGGGAAGUGUGAGCUCCUAAGAAUAUGCUAUGGGGAGCAGGUUGGUGCUCCAAGAACACGAGCUAUUGAAAAGUCAUUAAAACAUUCCAAGUUCCAAGCAUUGAAGCGUCUGCUUACAGACAAUCAUGUGAACAUAGAUCAGGCAGUAGAACAGAUCCUCAGCAUCAAGUCCAUCACAGUGGAAGUCCACCCGCAGUUCCAACCUACAAUCCAUAUAUGUCUCACACAGAUCUGUGGCUACAGAGAAUUCAUCACAGAACUGGAGAGCGUUAGGAAAACACCAUACUCAUCAGAGAACAACAGACAUGAAGAAAUGUUACUUGAGUUAUGGCGGAAGCUGAUGCCAGACGUUCCUCUCCAGUCCAGAUAUAACAGGCAGUGGGGAGACAUUGGCUUCCAAGGUGACGACCCCAUGACAGACUUCAGGGGAAUGGGACUCCUGGGACUACAAAAUCUUCUGUAUUUUGCCACGCAGCAUAACUCCACGGCAAGACAAGUGUUGGCUCACUCACACCAUCCUCAGUAUGGGUAUUCUUUUGCUAUAGUUGGUAUUAACCUGACGGGGGUGGCUCAUCAGUUGUUGAUCUCAGGAGCUCUCAAGACACACUUCUACAAUGUGGUACAGGGCAAACCUAAGCUAGAUCACUUCCAUCAAGUAUAUUGCUAUCUUUUCCAUGAAUUUGACAAGUUCUGGCUUGCAGAGAAGCCCCACAUCAUGGAGUUCAACAAAGUAAAGGCCAAGUUUGCUAAAAGGAUUGUAAUGCAUCUGAAGGACAGAAAUGCCACUUUAUCUAUGAAGUGUGUCACAAGUGAGGCUAAGUGACUGUCAUUCCUUGAGUACGGCACUCUAUGAAGUACAGAUGGGCAGUAACACAUGUCCCCCCAGCUCGGUGUCACCAGCCUCGCUGACUUCAAAUGACAAUCAGAAAAUAUCUUUUUAUUUGGUGACACUGGUAUAACAGCACGUCAGCGUUGUGAAGCUGUGGUUAUGUGCAUGUGUGUAUCAUUACUUGUGCUGCAGUCUGCUUGGAAGAGGAAUCGCUGGUUAUUCCGUCUUUAUCUUCUCCUGCUAGGAGAGCUGAUACCAAAGAGGUUAACCAAUAUUUAGGUCCUUCACUGUAUUCUCUUGUUCAUGGUGUAAAGCAAUCGCUGUCAGUGAUGUGAUGGAAGGUGGUCAGUAAGUACUGGACAUUGUCCAGUCAGUGAUAAAUGCAGGAGACCUAGCCCUGUGUCUUUGUGCUCUGGCAAAGUAUGGUAUGGUCUUGGUGUUCUUCCUGAAACUAAUAAUGCUGCUAAGACAUACAUUGCUAAGAAAAUCUCCAAAGCUAUCACAUCUCCAGAGUUAUCACAUUUUUAUAUUUAUUUUCAUUGUUUUAUCAAAUCACGAUGGAGUUAAGGAUGUAUUGCUGUAACAGUUGUUUAGUUUUGGGUGAAAAACAUGUCACAGGACCCCUAUCUCUGUGCACCUCAAUGACUAAGCACCUGCUGUAACUACGGAUGUACGUGGAUAUGUGCCCAGUUGUGCUACUUGCUAUGUGAUCAGCAGUGGUGUAGAUUUAAACUGUUUCCCUAAGUACAAUCUCUAUGUAUUCAGUGUCACAGGAAUGCAGUUGUUUGAGAGUUGAUGAAAGAGCACAUUUGGAUGGUCAUCUAAACCUACGCGUUUUGAAGUAAGAGCAGGAGAGAUUAAUUCAUUGUCUGUUUAUUUUGUUCAUUGCUUGUAUGAUCACUUUUUAUAAUCAUGUUUAGGAUGUUAAGGAUGAAAUGAAACACCACACAGAGAAGGGAAUCUCAACUUCCAGUCUUAUCUUCCAGUCUGUUCGGAAGUUGAGGCACCAUUGUCAAACAGGUUCGAUAAAAUUUUGUAUUAAAGAAUAUUUAUUUAUAUUUCACUGAAGAAGGCCAAAAAAGAAGCAAAGUGUUGCUUUGAUGUAUCACUAAUGAAAUUUUUGACUCCAGCCAAUGUAGUGAAGACUUUUAUUUGCAAACAUUACAUUUUUAUCGUUGUUUAUUGUAUAAUACAGUUUAGACAUUGAACAGUGCAAUAGAACUUUGUGUAAGGUCCUGCAUUCAGUGUGCAGGAUUGACAAUUACUACCACAUGUUCUUAGAAAAAAUUUAUUAAAAAAACCCUAGAAAUGUCACUUUGAGCA